AGCCUAUCGUGGUAUAUAUGUGGUUGGCUUUUCUCUUCCACAACAAUCAUCGUUGGGCCUUCGUUAGAUAACAACAUCGGAACGAAAUACAACAGACGUCAUGUUUCCGUCUAUGAAGCUUGCCGUCUUCUUUCAAAAGGCCGAUGUCCAGUUGCUUCAGCUUGUCAUGACGUUAUGCCUGAGUUUACAGAUCGCUGCUUCUGCUGUGGUAGAUACCGGCAAUGCACGGGUCAAUUCAUUUUGUCCGAACGCACGGCUAGAAGAGGCGAUACCGUAUCUCAGUGACGCUGAUGGAGAGUUCUUAAGCGCUUUAGUACACUCUGACAAUUACUCAGAUAAUCUGUUUAUAACGUUACCAAGGAAACAACACCUAACUGUUUUAGAAAUAUCUAGACGAGUUAUAUACCCUGAAUCGGGAACUCUUUUGUGGACAGAAGGUAAUGAAACUUACUCGGAGGAAUUGUCUGAAAAGUGUCUCUAUCAGGGCAGUGUUGUGGGACGUCCGGACAGCAGUGUGGCGGUAUCACUUUGUGAUGGUUUGGUACGUAAUUUUCAUUUUAGACACAAAGAUUGUCAGAGGGGAAAAGAUUAG